AAUUUUUGAAGAGCAGUAAAAGCGAGACUAUCUCAGACAGCAGAUGUUAAGUCAGCGUGAGCUGGCAGCUGGGCCUGGCGAGAUCAAGCCUGGUGACUUCUCCCAUGUUCUACCUCUACCUGUUUCAGGGUGGGAUUUUAAUAACCACCAAAAUACCAGGCGCUUCAUUGACCCCUUGAGAGGAUCUUGCUUGGUGCUGCUGACCGUGCUUGGACAGUGCAAUAAAAUCACACUAAUUCCACUCCAGAGGCAAUUACCAACAAUAGAGCAUUUAGUCAUGAUAAACAGUCUUUCAGGGCAAGUAUAUCUAUCGGUGGCAUUAAUGUGAUGUUCAGUGGUAUUCCUUGGACCUGUGGGCAAGAUGUUUUCACGCGAAUGACUUAUUGUAACGUAAAACUAACAAACACCCAAAACUACACUGUGCAAUCUGAAAUACAAAACUCAAGUGAAACAAUCUCAACAAGAAUUUCGUCCUGCAGGUAAAAUCUGUUUAUGAGGGUGUAGUAUUAUGUUCGGAACUGCCUUGUUAAAGUUCAACCCAAGCCUCCCGUGGAUAAUCCUCUCUCAUUUCGAUCAUUUAAUUUGCAAUGUUUUUUAGUGCAUCCAUAAUGAGAUUAAGUAAGGCAUUUUCCCCCAAAGUUAAAAGGGUAAAUUAGGGCUUCGACGGCACGCUUGUUUAACCGAAAGGUAAGUUUUUGGGGGGUGUUUAUACGUGAUCGAGGUUCCUAGCGGCGCCGAGAGGUACGACAGCUCGGCCGCGGCCCAUUACGUAGCGCCGGGUGCACGACACUGCUGUGGUGCGCUGGGAGUGGGGAGCACGGCGAGGAAAAAGCCUGCGAGAGAAAGGAGGGAGAGGAGAGGAAGGGGAAGAAAGGAAGAGAGGAGAAGGGAAGGGAAGCGAGACGGAGCGAGGAGCGCACCGAAAACCCCCCAAAGCCGCCUGCUCGGACAGUGGCGGCAUUUUUCUCUGAUUUUUAAAAUCCUGGUAUCGGUUUCCUUCAUGCAUUUCGCUUUAUUUUUGACAAAUCUUCCAGUUUUAGUGCAUGCGUCGGGCAGCGCUUAGCCGAUCGUUUGCUUGCUCGCUUGCUGCUGCUAGCAAGUUAGUUAGAUUGCACCGAGGGAGCGACUGGUAGCGGGGCCCGGCUUUAAGCGUGCCGAGUUUUAUUUAAAAUCCGCUCCAGUCUUUAUUUACUCGCAUCCCUCCACCUUUUUCCACGUCGUUCUCGGUAGCUAGCUAAUCAGCUAAGUACAUGCAUUACGGCCAGCUGGCUGGGUAAGAACAGCGUGUAUGUAUUUUUUUUUCCGGGGUGUUCAUUUUUAUUUUAGUGUCUAACUCGGUGGGAGGGAAAUAUCCAGGUACGGAUGGGUUUGCAUGCAGCGAUCGUAAGCCGCUUGUGUUAUUAGCAUUUUUUUGCAGUACUUAAUAUUUUUUUUUAUAAUCACUGUGAUUUGUGCACAACGAAACAGCGGAAAAAACCCAACUGCCCCGGCGACUGUGUGUCAUUAGCCUGCCGCGGUGCUCCCGAAAGGAUCGCUCCUGCUUUUCUUCCAUUUUCCAAAGCAAAAGCAGCGCACUGUUUUGAAGGACCACUUUGAACACGCCGUCCCAAAGUCUUUUGUCGCUUGGUUUUAGCCAGCUGCCGUUUUUUAGUUUCAGUUUCUAAUGCACCCUUAAUUUCUCGGCGUGCGGAUGCUUUACCCCCCUCCAUGUACUUAGCUGUGCAAAAAAAAAAAAAAACUGCGUGAAAGACGAGCUUUGUGCUAGCUUCUUGGCUACUCCGCCUUUUCGUGGCUGAUUUCUUUUUAUUUUUGGGGGAAAAGCAUUUUUUUCCAACUGCACACGCAAGAUUUUUUUUUUCCUUAUACGUAUAUCUUUGUCUAUUUAGAGCUGCCUGGCGAGCAGCACCAUUUGAUCUCACUGGCUCUGUUAGAGUAAUUUAUAAUUCAGUAGGGCCGAGGUGUCUCUGUUGGGAUUUUUUUUUCCUCCUUCCCUUCCUCGCAUUUGCUUUUUUUUAUACUGGGCUUUUUUCGCGGAGAAGACGGCGAGGCUUCCCUGAAAGUAUGGAUGAACAGACCCGUAUGCUAGCGGGUCUCCCUGGACUCGGCGGAUUAUCGCAGACUGACGUGGGCGACCCGGACUCGGUCCGGAAGCAGCAGCAGCCCCUCGGCCAGCCCCAGCAAGACAUCGGGGACAUCCUCCAGCAGAUCAUGGCCAUCACGGACGAAAGCCUAGACGAGGCACAGGCCAGAUGCUGGCCAGCGGAGGCGCCGGCGCGCUGGGCCGCAGCGGAUGACCCCGCACAGGGUGGGGAAGCUGGGGGGGGCACGGCGGGGACUGCCCUGCCGCUCAACUUCCAGCACAGGAAGCAUGCCCUGAACUGCCACCGGAUGAAGCCGGCCCUCUUCAGUGUCCUGUGCGAGAUCAAGGAGAAGACAGUGCUGAGUAUCCGCGGUGUGCAGGAGGAGGACCCCCCCGACCCACAGAUCAUGCGUCUGGACAAUAUGCUGCUGGCGGAGGGGGUGUCCGGCCCGGAGAAGGGCGGGGGCUCCGCGGCGGCGGCGGCAGCGGCGGCGGCAGCGGGGGGGUCGCCCAACGAUGGCAGUAUCGAGCACUCGGACUACCGGGCUAAGCUGGCCCAGAUCCGGCAGAUCUACCACUCGGAGCUGGAGAAGUACGAGCAGGCCCUGAUAUGGGAGCUGAAGGUGACGCUGCAUCCGGCUCACGGCCUGACCUUUAAACCCCGCCCCCUCGGCUCCCCCCCCCCCCCCCCCCCCCCCUCUCUCCCCCAGGUCUCUAACUGGUUUGGCAACAAGAGAAUUCGGUACAAGAAGAACAUCGGUAAGUUCCAGGAGGAGGCCAACCUGUACGCCGUAAAAACCGCGGUGGAUGCGGCAAAUGUCUCGGCCCAGGCUAGCCAGGCUAACUCUCCAGCGACACCCAACUCAGGUGGAUAUCCUGCACCCUGCUAUACACCUGACGGGCGGCUAUGAGAAGCUGUUGGGGAGCGUCCUCCACCCCACACUCCGCCUGGACGCCAACAGCAGCUGGCAGGACAGUAACGACCCCCUACUCAGUCUCACAUCUUCACCUGCGGCUCCGAGCAGCAACCACUCCAGUACCUCCACCCCCCCCAAGCCCCGCCCCUCCCUCCCCAUUCGUCGUUAACUUUAACCACUCCCACUGAUGCUGUAGUUCCCCCCCCUCCCCAUUCCCUCUAUCCUUGGACUGCAUGCUAUGAUUUUUUAUUUUUUUCCCCCUCCGCCUCUUGUGCACGCAGGCACGCAUACACAACAUGCACAUUUCAGCAGCGCGCAUGCAGGUCGAUGCCCAUGGACAUGCUUAUGGACACAUGCGUGCAGGACUACUGCCAGGAGGAUGGGAGGCUUUGCCCAAAUGAGGAGGAGCUUCCUGGUUAUUGGCCACAGUGUCAGGAGGCUCCGCCCACAUAGGGGAGGAGCUCCCUGAGACCAGGAGAGGUGGCAUCUGAAUGGAAGGACUCGACACACAAAUGGACCUGGCCUGGACACCUGUUUGGUGCUUGUAAAUACGUAUCGUAAUCUUACGCUGUGUUAACAUUCACGUUGACCUUCUGCCCUCGUAGUUUUCUGGCGGAGCUGAGCUGGUUGGGGGUUUUUUUUUUCCCUUUGUUUUUUGUUUUUUUUUUUUUGAUUUUGCAAAUAUCCGUGUGCGUGCGCGUGUGUUGUCGUGAUUCAAAGUUGUGCCGGUGCGUAUUCAGAAAAAAGAAAAAAAGAAAAUUUCCCUGUCCUGUCACCAGCGCUCACUGGUAACCACGGUAACACAAUCCAGAUCUCGCUGGGAGCUGUGCUCCGCCUGUACAUACCAAAGUCCUGUCCCCGGUACUGUCCGUCCACCCGUACGGGUCCGUGCCGGGAAGUUUCCGGCUUUGGAUUUUAGACCCGGGACGUGGGCUCAUCCGUCCUGCGGCCCCCUCGCGUCCCAUUGGCAGGUCUGUCUGUGCAGCUUAGUGGACGAAGUGCUGUAAUCACAGGCGAGACGCACCGUAGACAGACUGCAAAGAUGAGGCUGUGCACCAGGCUCCUUCGCUCGGAGAGACCGGGAGGUUUGUGACCUCACAGGAAGUCGCAGGCGGUUUUAGGUGAUUGGUAGCAAUUGGGCAGAGGCCAGAUGGAGGCUGCCAAUCACGUCGUUAUUUAAAGGUCAGGUGGGGGUGUCUUGGAGGGACGAAUUGGCUGUGCUGCGUGACAGCGGCGGUCAUUUGGCAUACAGAGGAGGGUGGAGGCGUCGAUGACCUGUAGGAUGCAAAUGUACAUUGGCUUUCUGCUCAUAAUUUUCAGAGACUUCUAGUUUUGUUUUAAAAGUGUUUUAUUCAUAUUUUUCACCCAUCAUUUCCUUGGGGGAAAAAAUUAGUGAAAUUAUAGCCUUUUUUUUUUUUUUCCUCCUAACGCUGUUUCACAAAGAAAGCACCAGCCACCAAAUAUAGAAAAUGUACUUGUUGCUACAGAACAGGAAUUAACGUACGUUUUGGGGGUGAAGUUAUUAAAAUAAAAAAAAAAAACAAAAAAACAAAAAAAAUAAAAAUGUGACUGUCUUCCAUGCAUGUAGGGCUUUUAAGAAGUUUUAGUGAUUUUUAUUCUAAUUUCUAAUUUUUAAUUUUACGAAGAGGGGGAAAAAAAUACAAAAAUGUAGUAACUGAAUACAAUGACCAAAAAUGAGUGUGUUCACGCUGUUGAGGACAUGCACACGUGUUGUUCUUGGGGCCCAGUUGGCUCCUGAACCAUUUCCAUUCAUUAUUCAACAGUUCUGUCUUCCAACCUCAAGGGGGCAGCAUCUAGACUCAGAAACCAUUCGUGGGCUCCAGGUACCAUUACUCAAUCCCUGUACUCGGAGGCUGUAGGAAUAGGAGGAACAAGGAACCAUUAAGACUAGUACUCUGUCAUUUUAAACCAAAAAUAGUAUUAUAAUGAAAUGACUAUGGCAGUUGGCUGAGAGAGGGUGUGCUGUGUCUGAUGUAUACUUUGUGUCUUCGUUUGCAUCCUUUUCAAAUAUUUUUUUUUUUUCCUGCCUGUGAGUAUUUUGUAUCACUUGGGGGAGGGAUGUGCGCGUUUGUGUGACAGGAAGCGGUGGCACGCUGCCCCUGCCGGUGAGCCACACCACUCGAUACAGGAGCCCCCGGGGCUCAGAAUUAACCAAAAACCGUUUGGGUCAACUGCAGCUGGGGAACAGUUAACAGAGAGCGGAAAGGAGCAGAGACGCUUUGUGUUCUCGUCUGUCCACGUAACUCUUCGAAUAAAGGUGAAAACGUCGGAUUAUACCAUCUUUAUGAAAAGUUAUAUGGAACAUGCAAGACAUGGAACGCAAUCUCAUUGAUGUUGAGUUAGAGUUUAUCUAAUGUAUGUUAAAAAAAAACAAAAUGUCAGAACAUGGUAGUUACCCUCCUUAUGAUUAAUGUAAUGAGCAAUGUUAUUACUGCAAGUUACUUCUUGUAUUUCUUACUACUUGUUUAUGGUGUCAUUUUAUUUUUAAUAAUUGUUUGGUCGCUUUUUCUGUCUGGCUGUUGGUUUGACAUGAUCAAAUGUCUCUUUUUCUGAGUUUGUUUAAAAAAUUAACUUUGAGUUCCCCCAUCCCCCCCCCUUUUUUUUUUGUCUAACAGUGUUUUUCAACCCAUUCUUCAGGGCCCCCUGAAAGUCAUUUUUGCUCCAUCUAGAUAGCUGAGGGGGAGCGAAAACAUGGAGUCUCUGGAUCCCCAAGGACCAGUUUCAGAAAGACUCUAACACACCCCCAUGUGACUUAUCCCAUGUCCCCCAUUUAAACAUCCCGUAUCAGUGUGGUUCCGGGCCGCGUUCCCCCCCCCUCCCCCACCUUGAGCUACACCCAUGGCUCUUGUAGCUCUAGUUGACGUAAGUGCCCUCAAAGGCACGUCGUUUACCCCACCACCAGCACCACCUUCCAAAAUGUUCUCCAGAUACUUUAUUCCCCCCCCCCUGUCCCAUACCUGUAUGCAUACUUCCAGCACACAAGUCCUGGAAGAUGUUUUUUUUUUUUAUGAUGAUGAUGAUGAGGGCUAAAUUUGCCCCACCCCCAUACUGUGGAAGUUUGGUGUAUUCCUGUGGGUUGCUGCUUGCUACUCAUUUUUAAAGGAACAGCUGAGAAAAGGGCCCACCCCCCUCUGUGUAUAACUGCACAUUUAAGUUCCCUCACUAUCCACAAUCAUGGGCCGUACCAAAGUCAAAAGGAAAAAAGGAAGAAAAAAAAAAUCCACUGCACCAGUUUACAUCAGGCAGAUCCCUAGCCACCCCCACCCUGUAUUUCCCUGCCCCCACGCCUGUGUGAAGCCCUUUUCUUGUGUAUAUAGACUUGUGACUCAGCCCCUUUUAUACCUCAACUUUAGACCUGUUCUAGAAAGAUCGUAAAAGAAAAAACACAAUGAAAAAAGUAGUGUUCCUUAUUAGAAAAAUGAAAACUACAUAUUCUAGCGUGCUUUUAUUUCAUAUUUUUUUUAAGGGUGUUUUUUUUUGGGGGGGGUGUGUCUUUGCUUGUUUUAAUGGGAACAAUGAUCUUUAGUCACUACAUCUAAAACAUUGUGACGUUUUGAAAAAAAAAUUAAAACAUUUUAAAAGAAA